ACAGGGGGUAAUUAUGCAACUCAGUUGUAUUCGCUCGACGUCAUUAGUUUGGUUACCGUGUGUUUUUUUUUUCUCCAUACUGCUUGAAAAAGUGAUUGAUCUUGUUCCAUAGUCGGGAACUACCAACUCUCGUCUUAGAAGAAACUAGUUCUUACAUUUACUCGGUCUGGCUGUUGGCUGAAAGCUCAAGUUAUGGCAGCAAAAGAUUCUCGACCAGACACAGAGAAUAAACCUGCAGAUGAUCCACCCCCUCCGUAUCAAGUAGAUUCCUCCACUCCUUACCCUCAACAGCCAGGUUACCCAGUACCACCUCCUGUUUACCAAUUGCAGCCUGGCUACCAAGCACAACCUGGUAAUCAAGCACCACCUGGUUACCAAGCACCACCUGGUUACCAAGCACCAGCUAGUUUCCAAGGUGGUCAAGUGUAUCAUGGUGCUCCAGCUGGUGGUUUCUUGGUUACUACACAACCUGGUCCACCUUUUGUGGUGCAAGGAAAUGUCCAAGCCUCUCCUCCCGAUUACCAAGGGCUGGCUUGGUUUGCCUGCCUGUGUUGCUGCUGGCCUGUAGGUAUCUUGGCUAUACUGAAAUCCAAUGAGGUUCGCAAUUCCAUGGCACGUGGAGACUACAAUUCUGCAAGGGUAGCAUCUAACUCAGCCCGUACUUUCUCCUAUCUGGCUAUUGGUCUUGGAGUUAGCUUUCUUGUAAUGUACAUCAUUGCUUUAAUUAUGGUUUUCAUUUUUUUGAGGGUUCAUUAGUGAAGCAAAAGUGACAUCUUUUAAAAAUGGAAUUUCUGUCUUAUAAAAAUAACACAGUCAUGGUACAAUCUGGACAUCCCAGCCAACAAAGUUAGUAGGUUUAAUAUUCCCAGAGCUUCCCAGUGAUUUCAUUCAUUUGAUGCUGAAUUUUGAAAUAUCAAAUUGGGGAACCGUUGUUUUCUUGGGGCUAAUGUAUGCAGUUGCUAUGACUUUGAGCUUACUUGCUUACGAGAUUUGUACAAAAUGGAAGGUGUUUGAUGCUCACAUUACUGCAAACUUCAUUCAUUUGGGAAUGAUUUGCCUAGUUGCAAAUUUUAAGCAGUCUGUUGUAUAAUUGUAGUAUUUUUGAGAAUGUUUAUGCUCGAAGGGAUAUUUAAUUGCCUUAAUGGAAUCCCUGCUCCUCUAAAUUAUCCAGAUUUGUGUUUAUUUCCCAAUCAAAAAAUUACCUUUUUAUGACUUCCUCCUUGAAGCACAAUUCCCAGUGACCCUCAAUCCUUUGGUCUUUGGUUCAAAUGAUGAUUAUUCUUUUUAAUUGUGCUUUUCAUUGGUGAAUAAAUUUUUAUAACUUGAAGUUGUGUUAAUGCGAAAAAAAAGGCAAAUUUUCAUAUGGAGGAGGUGAAAUUAAUCUUGACAAUUUUUUGUUUUUUUAAACAAUUUGCAUCAAGGGCUUUUUCAUGAUUUAUUUAAAAUUGACAAUUUUUUUAUUUAACUUGGGAUAGAAUUACUAAGUUAUGAAAAUGUAAAUACUGUCGUCACUCUGUGAGUAGUAUAAAAAUCCAUUGUUUUGCAUAAAAUUUCUAAGAGUGAACCUACUAGAGGGUGAGGCUAAGCUCAGGAAUUGGUGAAAUGAGGUGCACUUGUGUACUUGACAACAGACUUCAAUAAAGAAUGAGUAACAUUUCAUUUUUAAAAAGUCUUGGCUACUUUUGUAAGCAGUAAUUGUUUUACUGAUUCAAUAAUUGAUAUGUUAAAAGGUAGAAUUACACAGGGAAUUUGAAGCUACGACCGCAGUUCUUUUUAACUUUAUAGUCCAAUGAUCAAAAAAGAUAUUCUCCUGUCUAAUUGUGAUACAAUUUCCUGUAAAUGAGUCAAGAGAAUAGAUUUGGUACUAAACAUCAUGGGAACAUGUCCAAUAAAGG